AAGGCACCGUCCAAGGAUUUGUGUUCGUGCCUGUCCCAUCGGAAAGGGCUCUUGUCUUGUGUGAAGCGAGGGGCACGCAGCGAGGCUGAGGGCCAGCAUCGUCGUCAAUCUCCGCCUCCAUCACGACGGCUACUGAAGGAGGACAAGCCAAAUUUGGAAAUAGAAGCGACUAGGCCAGACGCGAAAGACGGGGCGCAAGACUGUGAAGACCUUGGGGAGGACGACUGUGCUCAGCUCUUACCCCGAAAAGAUAUCUUCACCUGGCAGCAACAACACGAUCCGCAGAGAACGCCCCCCUGUAUUCCAACCACGGACACGCGGGAUCAACAGGAGCAGCCGCCGCGUCAGCCGCCAUCGCAGUCGCAAGGGUCUCUCAAGAAGAGGGAAAAUCGAAACAAUAGCCCCUUAGCUUGCUCCAGUCUUCCGUCCCACACAUCUUCGCUUCCCGACCCAGCGAACUUCCCCUUGUCUACAAGCAGUAUCUGCACCCAAAUCGCUUCCAUGGGAUUCAUCCUCAACGCGCUCACUUACCUGUGGACCGGCGAGUACACGACCUCCGGCAGCACCACCGACCCCUGCGAUGACCACAGCCGCAGCAGCAGCCGCGGGGGCAGUCUUUCCAGCUCCACAUACUCCAUGCGCGGCGGUUCGGUGGACGGCUACAGCUACGGUCCCCCCCCCGGGAAGGGCAACUGGGUGGUGCCGGAGGAAGACGAGCAAGUCGACGCUGCCCAUCCCGGGUGCGACCGUUGCCAACGCCGUUCCUGCGGCUUUUCAAAGACAGUCUCAGAUAUUUACGCGGUGGAACCGCUGGCGAUUGAGGAGCUGAGUUUCUUAAGCGUCCUCGGCAAAGGAUCGUUUGGGACCGUUGUGCUCUGUCGCCGUCCUCUGUCAAUUUCCUCCUCGUCCUCGUCCUCCUUCCCUUCCUCCCCCCCUCGUUUGGCAGGGCUUGGCAGCAGCACCCUCGAUCGGGAAGACGCGCCCCUAUACGCGAUGAAAGUGCUGCGGAAAUCCCACCUGGUAGCCAAACACCAAAUAGACCGGACGCGUGUGGAGAAAGAAAUCAUGGACCGGGUCUCUCAUCCCUUCAUCAUGCACAUGUACAGUGCUUUCCAGUCGGAGAAUUUCCUCUUCAUGAUGCUGGAGUACUGUCGAGGGGGAGAGCUCCUCUUCCAUUUGGCCCGGCGUCGGCGUUUCUGCGAGGCGGCCGCGCGCUUUUACGCCGCCGAAUUGGUCUUGGCCCUGGAGUAUUUGCACCGGCACGACAUCGUCUUUCGGGAUUUGAAACCCGAGAACAUUCUCCUGGAUGCCCACGGCCACGUGCGCCUGGGGGACUUUGGGCUGGCGAAGCGCGGCGUCCGGGAGCCGGAUCGGGGCGCCUUGUCCAUGUGUGGCACGCCCGAGUACAUGGCGCCGGAGGUGUUGACCCAGCAAGCCUACGGCCGUUCGGUCGAUUGGUGGUCCUUGGGGAUGCUCACGUAUGAAAUGAUGACGGGCUACCCACCAUGGUACACACGGGACCGAAAAAAGCUCGUCCGCCGCGUCAAAUUUGCUCCUCUGAUGAUCCCACCCUCCUUCUCCCCCUCGCUUGCCUCUUUCGUGGAGGCGCUCUUAAUUCGCCAUCCUUUAAGAAGAUUGGGCGGGAAAGGAGGCACGGGGGAGGUGAAGCGGCAUGGGUUUUUCCAGCACAUCUCCUGGGAAGCUGUCUUGAACAAGAAAGUCAUCCCGCCCAUCCGGCCCUUUGAGGAAGGACGGAGGGCGGGAGGGAGGUGGAGCACGCAAGACAGCCGUGGGAGCGAAAGCAGCGGGAAUUCCGGGACGAGAGGGGAGGGAGGGAUGGUGACGUGCCAAUCGCCAGUGUGCAAGCUCGAAGGGAGUCGGCAUUUGGACCCGACAUCCCCCCGUCGCGUGUCCUUCCUGACGUCAUCUCUUAACGCAAGCGCGACAGACGCAGGGCGCACGAGCGCGACCAGAAAGGCAGCGGCGGCGUGCCCGCAUGAGUUCAUCGGCACGGAAAAUUUUGAAAAAGAAUUCACGGGGUUGGACGUCGCCAGUGCCUUUGAGGUCUUGGAGCCCCUGUCUCCACAUUCCAAUGCGAUUUUUGUCAAUUUUAGCACCGAACCCACCAUUCGAUGCCUGCGGCCGAAGGAGAGGGAAAAAGAGAUGGAGGAAGAGGACGAUUGUGCCCACCAAGAGAUGAGGAGGGAGGAGGAAAGGAGGGCGGCCUUGUCGGGUCUGACACUGGACGGGGGAAGCAGGAAAAAUCUAGGUGCCAGUGCGGCAUAAAUAGCAUAUUAGAGGGGAGAAAGGAGAGAAGGAGGACGGAAAAGGCGUCUAGAGGCAUAAUAAAAGUGCCAUUCCAUGGAUGGAGCUGGCUUUGGCCUGAGGAAAAAAAAAGUCUUAUCGUACAGGAAGGAAAAACUCAAUGGCGCCAAUUAUCGAAAGGGAAGAGAUUCCCCCACAGUUUGACAUGUUAUGGUCCUUGUGAUACACUCCCCCCGAGUUUGAAGCGGGGCUUGCUCAAAGAACAGCGCCGCGGGGCAUCCUUGUCAUUCCAAAGUGAGAGUACUCUCAGGAAGCACGCCAUUCGUAGCGUGGACGCGUGGCGGGGAUAAAUGUCUUGAACAACGUGUCCUAACGAAAGGUUGAAAAGAGAAAAGCUAUGACCGUGCA